ACCUACCAACAGCAACUGACCAACAUGAAGAUGGAAAGAAGGAGUGCUACUACAACCUGAACGAUGCUAAUUUUUGCGACAAUGUGCUUACAUCCAACGUAACGAAACAAGAAUGCUGCUGUACACUGGGUGCUGGCUGGGGUGAUAACUGUGAAAUCUUCCCAUGCCCUGUCUUUGGAACUGCUGAAUUUACCGACUUGUGUCCUGAGGGGAAAGGUUUCAUCCUGUCUGAAGAAUCAUCUUACGGACUUCUCUCUCAGAAUUACAAAGAUGCUGAUGAAUGCCAACUCUUUGGACAAGAAAUCUGCAAAAAUGGCUUCUGUUUGAAUACGCAGCCAGGUUACGAAUGCUACUGCAAGCAAGGCACAUACUAUGACCCUGUGAAGCUCCAGUGCUUCGAUACAGAUGAGUGUCAGGACCCGAACAGCUGUAUUGAUGGCCAGUGCAUUAACACAGAAGGAUCGUACAACUGCUUCUGCACGCACCCCAUGGUUCUGGACGCAACAGAGAAGCGGUGCAUCAGGCCAGCAGACUCCAAUGAACAAACUGAAGAAACUGAAGUCUACCAGGACCUUUGCUGGCAGCAUCUGAGUGAUGAUUUUGUUUGCAGUCGACCUCUGGUUGGCAAACAGACCACGUACACGGAGUGCUGUUGCUUAUACGGGGAAGCCUGGGGCAUGCAGUGCGCUCUGUGUCCUAUGAAAGAGUCAG